AUGAGGCAACUCAAGGACACGUGGCGCCAGGAGCAGCAUCGUCUGCGUCAGCGGUUGGUCGUUGGCGACGCGCUCGACUGCCAGCCGCCGCCGCUCCUGCAUGCUCCGGGGAAUGCGGAGAUGGCGGAGAGAUCCGAUAAUGCGGAGAAGGUGGAGGGAGCGGGGAAUGUGGAGCUGUCCCAAAUACAGCUUUCCCCAAUACUGCCGCCCCCGGUGCAUCCACCCCAGAUAAGACCUCCCCUGGCGCUGGUGGGCGGCGUGGACGUGAGCUUCCACCGGCGCGACCCGGACCUGGCGGCGGCGUGCCUCACAGUUGUUGCCUUCCCCAGCCUGCGCCUGCUGCACCACGAACUCGCGCUCACCCGCGUCACGCAGCCGUAUAUUCCCGGCUUUCUGGCGUUCAGAGAGUGUGGUGUGCUGGAGGGGCUCAUCCGCCGCCUCAGGGACACGCUCCCGCACCUCGUGCCACAGGUCAUCAUGGUGGAUGGCAACGGCAUCUUCCAUCCGCAGGGCUUUGGGCUGGCGUGUCAGCUGGGCGUGCAGGCAGACGUGCCCACCAUUGGCGUCGCCAAGAACAUGUAUUACAUGGAUGGCAUGACGGACGAGCAGGUGGGCGGCUUGAAGCAGCAGCAUCUGCACCAGCCGGGCGACUGGGCAGCACUCACAGGCGCUAGUGGUGCCACACAUGCCGCCCUGGUGCGGGGCGGACCUGGCAGUCACGACCCAGUGUAUGUAUCAGUGGGCCACCGGGUCUCCUUGCAAUCAGCAGUGGCCAUCACGCAGCGCUGCUGCAAGCACCGCGUGCCCGAGCCCGUGCGCCUGGCCGAUGGGCUGUCCAGAGCAGAGCUGCGGGGAGUGACGGUGACAGAAGCAGUGGGUGGAGAGCAAAGUGGCUCUUUGGCAGAGCAGAGAGGCGUUGGGAAAGCUAGCCGCCGUGGGUAG